ACGGAGCUCGGUCACACCGAUAAGUUUGUUCAGUUUUGUUUUCUCUCGUCUUGCUCGUCGGCGUUUUGCUACGUUUCGUCUUUUCCGUAACCGCAAAUUCUUGAAACAGUUCACAACAACAAAGUGCGAAAUUCGAAAUUUCUUGUUCUCAAUAGAAUUUAAGAGCACAAACCCAAGCAUAAUUGCUAUAUCAAAGAAAACAAAACGUUGUAAAAGCCAACUAGAAACCUCAAACGCUGAAACUAACAACGAAUUUACCAACUAUAUACUGGACACAAAUUAUAGCAGCAAGAACUUGAACAACGUAGUAGAAUAAUAAUAAUACUAAAAGCAAAAGCAGCAGUAGCAGACCUACAUACUUAUAACGGGGCUGAUAACUUAACGCAGCAAGAAGAAGAGGAAGAAGUGGAAGCAGAGUCAGCAGUGACAACAACUUGGAAACAAAAAAGAAAAAAGAAAAGAAAAUAAAAGAUGUCAUUUCGCGUGGUUCGCGCAUCAAAAUUUCGUCACGUCUAUGGACAGUCGCUGAAACGGGAGCAAUGCUACGAUAAUAUACGCGUCUCCAAGUCCAGCUGGGACUCCACAUUCUGUGCGGUGAAUCCAAAGUUUAUGGCCAUCAUUGUGGAGUCGGCGGGCGGCGGCGCCUUCAUUGUCUUGCCACACAACAAAGUUGGACGCAUUGCAGCGGAUCAUCCACUGGUGGGUGGACACAAAGGUCCAGUUUUGGACAUAGCGUGGUGUCCACACAAUGACAAUGUGAUUGCUUCCGGCUCGGAGGAUUGUGUGGUCAAGGUGUGGCAAAUACCCGACGGAGGAUUGUCGCGUACCCUCACUGAACCCGUUGUGGAUCUAGUGUUCCAUCAGCGUCGCGUUGGUCUGGUCUUGUGGCAUCCAUCGGCGCUCAAUGUGCUGCUCACCGCCGGCUCUGACAAUCAGGUUGUCAUCUGGAAUGUGGGCACUGGCGAAAUUCUUGUGCACAUCGAUUCGCAUCCCGAUAUUGUGUACAGCGCGUGCUUCAACUGGGACGGCUCUAAGCUGGUUACCACUUGCAAAGACAAGAAAAUCCGCAUCUACGAUCCACGCUCCGCCGAGCUGGAAAGUGAGGCCAUGUGCCAUGAGGGAUCGAAGGCCACCCGCGCCAUCUUCCUGCGUCACGGCUUGAUCUUCACCACCGGCUUCAAUCGCAGCUCGGAGCGUCAGUAUUCAUUGCGUGCUCCCGAUGCGCUGAGCGAGCCCAUUGUCAUGGUCGAGCUGGACACAUCGAACGGUGUAAUGUUCCCAUUGUACGAUGCGGACACGAAUAUUAUUUAUUUGUGCGGCAAGGGCGAUUCUGUGAUUCGUUAUUUCGAGGUGACGCCGGAGCCUCCAUUUGUGCACUACAUCAACACAUUUCAGACUCCAGAUCCACAGCGCGGUAUUGGUUUGAUGCCCAAGCGUGGCUGUGACGUGACCACCUGUGAAAUUGCCAAAUUCUAUCGCCUGAACAACAAUGGUCUCUGCCAGGUCAUCUCGAUGACAGUGCCGCGCAAAUCCGAUCUCUUCCAGGAGGAUCUCUAUCCCGACACACUCGCUGAGGAUGCGGCCAUCACAGCCGAGGAAUGGAUCGCCGGCAAAGAUGCUGAUCCGCUGACAUUCUCGCUCAAAGAUCGCGUUUCCAUUGUGCAGGGUGGCUAUGUCUCGUCGUCGGGCAACAACACGCUCUCCGUCAGCAAGAAGGCCAACAUACUGAAUAAGGCUUCAGCAUCCAGAGGAGGCGGCGGUGGCAAUGCCCUCAGCGGUGGCAAUCAUUCAUCCGCGAACAACAACGAAGCCAACGAUGGACCUCCUCCAGCGGUAUUCUCGGAGAAGGAUCACCGCAAUAUUCUGGACGAGAUUCGCAAGCUGAAGGCGAUCAUUGUGAAGCAGGAGAAUCGCAUACGUGCCUUGGAAGCCAAGGUGAAUGCAGCUGGUGAUGAGACGGAUGCCCGCAACAGCAAUAAGAAUGGCAGCGGUUCAACUGCAGCAGCGACAUCGGCGGCGGCAGAAAGCAGCCAUGCCAGUGAAAGUGCCAACGAUCAUGCCACGUCCGCUGCGUCAGCAUCAGCGGCGGAUAAUGCACAUGACGAGGAUUAGCUUCAGCUGCAAUCAUAAAAAGAGCUACUGGGAAGAACAAGAAAUUAAAAGGAUGCUGUAGAGGAAGCGAAAGAAAGAGAGAGACAAAGAGAGAACUGCUUGAAGAAGCUCGUCGUUAUCGUUUGAAUUUCUCUAAAUGAAAAAUUACGUUUAUAUUUUGUACACGCUAAAUGAGAGUCGUCGUCGUCUAUGAUUAUGAUUUCGAUUAUUUAUUUUAUAUAAUUUAAUAUUAGGUCUUUUUACGAGCGAAAUGAAUUGAGCGUAGUAGAGAUAUAAAAAGAAUUAAACAAAAGAAAACAAAACACACACAGCAAUCAAAGCAGAAUGCAUAUAAAACAUAACAAAUAUACACAAUAUCCUGCCAAAAAUAUAUAGUGAACCUAACGAACUACCUACAAAUUGCGCCCAAAAUCAAAGCUGUGUUUCUUGUGAAGCGAACUUUAAAUUGUUGUACAUUUAACAAAUUGCAAGCAUAGACUAAAACUAAACGUAACUGCAUCCGUUUCAAAAACAUAACACCAAUAUAUCCUACCAAUUUUAUACCUACCAAACUCUAUAUUCUAUACAUUUACAUUAUUAUACAUAUAUACUAUAUAUUUACCCCGUCGAUGCAAUAUACAAAAUAUUCAUGACAAUAGCUUUUAUAAUAAUUAGAUAUCUAAAAGAAAAUUGUUCGACUAUUUACCCUUUAUCGCCGCCGCCGCUUUCAUAAUACAUUUUUCUCGUUCUAACUAAUAAUAAGUUGUAUUUUGUAAUAAUAAAUGAAAGAAAAACCAA